AUGUUCGAAAGCAAUCUGCUCUCGCAGAUUAACACCGCAUCGCCGCUCCCCACAUGGGUGGAGGUGUCGUUAGUGAACUCCCUCAACAAGUCCCUGUCCAAGGCCUUCCAGUUCGCGCAUCUGCUGCUCGCGGAGCACAGUGACAUAGCGGCACGGUGUCUGCCGUGGGAUGCUGAGAUUUGGCUCGUCCUGCAGUCUUUUUUUGAGCACCGGCUCCUCUUUCACGCCAACACCACCUUUGCGGAGGUGCUGUUUGGCCUCCGCCGUGGCUCUAUUGCGUCGCCGUCGAAGCAGCCCGCGUCUCAAGGGAGGCUGUCGUGGUGGAUUCGCGGUCCCCCCCCUGUACCCUCCCUGGAGGAACGGGCCCUGCGGGCGCCUGACGCCACCGCCACCACCACCGCCGCAGUGGGUGGCCUCUCCGACACAGCACUGUUUGAGCAGCACGGUGAACUUGCGGCAGGGGAGAUGAGGGCGGCGCAGGGUGCUUCUUACGGUCAUCUCCGUUUUAGUCCCAUCACCAACGCACAACGGUACGUGACGCUGUUUCUCAUCACCGUUAAGCCCUACUUGAGUGAGCUUGCUGCUAAAUGGUACACGCGCCAGACUGACUCUUCCCCUGACGCCGUCUCUAUGCGCAAUGCUUAUGCAAAUCGUUACCCAACGCGAGCUCGAAUAAAAGAGUUAUUGACGCGAUUGUAUCCCAUUUUUCACACAGUAUCAGAGAGCCUGAGGUUUCUGUACCAGAUACUUUUCCUGCUGGAGUUGACGCCGUAUACCACGCUGGCUCAUCGUGUUUUUGGUAUCGCUCUGCGGCGGCUUACAAAAGCUGAUGAGCUUGCGGCGGCAAACCCACGAGCUCAGCGGGCUCUCCUUUUAGCUCGUGUAUUGUUCAUCAUGCUAUUUCUUGGGUUCAGGCUGCUAGAACUCACUGGUGCGACUAGUGCCACGGAGGGAGGUGAGGCACUCACGAUGGCGGGUUCAGGCGGCGAGGACCUUGCGAUACCGCCACCGCCGGUGUGGGGCGAGGAUGUGGUGGUCCCUCCCGGGACGACGGUGCCGCAGCCUGGCACGUGUCCAGUGUGCGGCCGACGCGUCACGAAUGCCGCAGUCUGCACAAUAAGCGGUGUGGUUGGGUGCUACCCAUGCCUAACCGAUUACGCGAGAACGCAUGGCACGUGCCCGUUGACGAAGCGCAAAACGACGGUAGAUUGUAUUCGACGCGUUUAUGAGUGCUGA